AUCAUGGUCGAGUCAGGCUUGUAUUCAUCCAUGUUGAAUAUUUUAGAAGUUUGUUGCUCAGUUUCGUGAUCUAAGAAUUAACCACGACGUCGUUUACAGGAUUUCCGGAAGCUAUACAUGGACACUUCGUCCAUUAUAACACAAGUUCAACGAGAUGACGAACAACUUAAUACGUUUCCUCCAUCGGAAAAUGGCACGCCGGCGAACAAUGCCAAUAAUAAUGCCGUGAAGAAGCCGAGAAACCGAGGAAUAUUUAGUUCUUUUUUCUGCUGUUUUGGUACAACCAACAACAACAACCCUCAGACUAACUGUCAGGUGCCUGUAGUGGAGGAGAAUGGCAACCCAAGGGCUCCUCCAGAGAAGUAUCUACUGUCUCAGGUGCGACACCAGGACAUGAACAGGAAAUGUGUCGUUAUAGACCUCGACGAAACACUUGUCCACAGCUCAUUUAAGCCUAUAAAUAAUGCAGACUUCAUUGUUCCUGUGGAAAUAGAGGGAACGGUACACCAGGUGUAUGUCCUAAAGAGGCCUUAUGUUGAUGAAUUCCUGAAAAAAAUGGGCGAAAUGUUUGAAUGUGUACUAUUUACUGCCAGUCUGGCAAAGUAUGCUGACCCAGUGGCAGACCUGCUAGAUAAAUGGGGUGUGUUCCGGGCUCGCCUUUUCAGGGAAUCCUGUGUCUUUCAUCGGGGCAACUAUGUUAAGGAUUUGAGCCGACUUGGGAGAGACUUGGAUCAGGUGGUAAUCAUUGACAACUCCCCGGCAUCUUACAUCUUCCAUCCAGACAAUGCUGUACCUGUGCAGUCUUGGUUUGAUGAUAUGACCGACACAGAACUGAUGGAUUUAAUACCGUUCUUUGAGGGUCUAUCAAAAGUGGAUAGUGUAUACACACUUCUUCAGAAUGCCAAUACAACUAACACAGAUUCUUCAUAGUAGUGGCUUCAUUGACCUCAAGGUCAAGGUUGUAAGUGAUGACCUUGACCAAACUUUUAAGGUCUAGCUUGAUGGUGAUGAUCAUGCAUUUGACCUUUUAUAUUUAACAUAUGCAAAGUUGACCUCAUAGAAACAUUUUUGAUGGGACAGAAAAGGAAGACAUUUACUGUGAGGAGUUUUCUGUCUGAGAUCGCAGCAGGGACUGCCAACUUCUGGUCACAUGUUUUUGAGGUUGUGAUUUUGUGUUUUAAAACAAACAGGCAUCGGAGAACAGCAUACUACCAUCUUCACCAGGGAACAGUAUCAACUGACAAAGCUGCAACACAAAAUAUUUUUGUCAUUGCAGAGUUAUGGGCCCUGAUUCUUUUUCAAAGUGGAAUUCAACGUGGCCUGCUUUUAAAUGUUACGGGUGGAAUUAGUGGUACAGAGUUACCAGACUUCUAUCCAACGGCACAAACCAACUUGUAAAUGUGACACGUGUACAUUCUGACGGGAUUAUAGUGCUGUUUGUGCUACAGGGCCAUGUUCAAUCUUUAUACAUUGUUAACCUGUAUCUUAGUGAUGAUUGUAUAAGGGGUCUGAAGUCCUCAUAAUUAACUUUCAGGUGUAUGUAAAGCUACCGAGUCAAUCAACACUGACGCUCCAGGAAAUGAGAUGAUCACAAACAGGCGAUGUCCUUGCCUUUCUUAACUUUUCAAGUGAAGAAAGAAAACACCUCUUGAAAAUCACUUUAUAUUAGGCGUUAAUGUAUUGUCUUGACUUAUAAGAAAAAGAAUUGUACUACUGAUUAUAUUUUUUUUACUUGAGGCAGGACAGAAAACUGGGUUUAUUUGUUUAUUAAGUAAGGCAGGAUGCUACAUAUCCUCAACUAGGGUGAAGUACAGGAAUAGAAAUAUUCUUGACAUUUGUGAAGGAAGGAUCUUCAUUCUUCUGAAGUCACAUUUAUAAUUCCUUAUUUUUGAUUGAUAUUUGCAUUGGUAAGUUAAAGCUUUAAUGAUAAAAAAUCAUCAUGAUUUUUAGGUAUAAUACAAAUGUAGUAGAUUCAGGUGUGUUUUUAAAACAAUUCAUUAAAAUUUCAGAAAUAGCCUUCAUUUUUCUAAAAGGUUUGCUAGAUUUUUGAAAAUAUUCCUUUGAUUAUCAAAGAUUUAUGAAAAAUGUUCUCGUGAAGGAAUUAUUAAGAGUUUUUGAGACAUUUUACUGAGCAUUGAAGCAUACCAGUAUACAUUUUCAAAAUUCUCAUUUGUAAACUGUAUUUUGAAUAUCAAACAUUGCUUCCGGGGUUGAAAUGUGAUCUUGAAUGAAAUAUUCUUAAAUAAAGGGAGGUAACUCUCUUUGCAUGUGCAUCCUCUCAGUUGAGGUACCUCUGAGGGAUGGAAACCUUCCUUAGUGAGAAGAGAAUGUCAACAUGUUCUUAUACAGUGAGGUUUUCUAAUAUGUCUUACACCUGUUGAAUGCCAAAACUGAUUUUUACAUUUGAUAAUCGUGAAAUUGUAUGAACCUCUGUUGGACUUGGAUCCUUUUGUUAUUGAGCUCCUUUGUUUCCUUCACUUUGGGCUGUUUUGGGUUUGUUAAGGGAAUGGUGCUCUUACUUCACCGUGAUCAGUGUGUUAUUUAUGUGUGUGAGGAUGAUGGGAAACAGAGCGGAUGAGAAGAUCAUGUUUUAUUGUCAGCUGUGAGCGAUACAAAACUUCUUCCUCCAGGUUUUACAUUAGUACUCAUGAGAAUGUUUUGUUAAAUUUUCACAUUGAUGGAAGCAGAUGUGACGGGUUUUCUCUGGUAAAAAUUGACUGUAUGAAGCAGCUACACAAAAAGCUGUUAAGAUUUCUCAAGAAAGAGGUAUACUGUGAAGAUGGUCCUGAACAUAAAAUGAGCAACACAAGAUUUUUUGAUACCUAAUUCUCCAAAUUAUUCAGUACAUUUAUAGUCCUCUAAGGUGUGUGUGUCCUUGGUCACCCAGUUAGGCAUUUCUACCCUGAAGUUCACGGACCACACUUAACUUGUUGUAAAGUUGAUUUCUUCACCAGUUUCGACAUUUCGAUAACAGUGCCUUAUAUAAGCUAGCUGUACAUUUGUAUGUACACGAUAUAUUGUUCCCCAUGGGACAGCUUUGUACAGUCGCUGUAUUGUACUUCCCAACAAUUUCUCCCUGACUACAUGCCUAUAUAUAUCGUGAUGGUCACUAACUAACAAGUGUUCGUGUAUGAAGUGUUAGCUUAGAAAACAGUGUCUGAAACAUUACUACUAAGGUAAAUAUUUACCUCAAUUAGAAUCAAUUACCCAGUUAAAUUGAUGACAAAUUUUUAAUUGCAAUCAAUAUCAAUUGAAAUGGCAUGAAUGUCCCGUUGUUUUCAGAAUUUGAAUGUUCAUUAUAUAUGUAGAAUUUUUUUAUCUUUGUAAAUUUCUUUUGAAGAGUUGCAUGUAACAUGUGGUACCUAGUGGCCGAGGCCUUUUAUUUGAAUAUCCCCUGCAUGUCAUGUAAUUCUUAGAUCACCAGCAGAAUGUGUUUGUCUGCUAUAACAUAUUCCUGGUCAUCAAAUUUCAUAUUUAUAUGAUUCAUAGAAAUGGAAUGUACAACAGUUUGUCUACACCACAAGUUUCUUCCUUGGUCAAGUUUAGUGUUAAUUUAGUUAUAUCACAAAGCUCUCGUCUUCUACUAAGUUUUGUAUUAAUUUAGUUAUAUUCACAAAGCUCUCGUCUUCUACUAAGUUUUGUAUUAAUUUGGUUAUAUUACAAAGUUCUCUACUUUUUGCCUCUUUCUUUUUUUCUACCUCUUCCUCCGUUUGGCUGGCAGCUAGCUAUAUAUAAAUUUGUGGUGCAGGGACCGUCUCACACAAUAGGUCGCUCAGGUCAAAGGUCAGAAAUUAAGAGGUCGAGGGGGGGGGGGAUGGAUUCACAGAUCCUGUUUAUAUUUCAUAGUGUAAAUUAGUUUUCCUAAACACAAUUAAGUUAAAUUUAGAUCACAUGACUUCCUCAGGUAUGGAAUAUACGCAUACUGCGUAAGAAUUAGAUGAGACUGUACAUUCUCUGAGUUAAUUUUACUGCUCAAAUAUGUUUAAUGCAGAACGAAAAAAACAUUAAGAAUAGGUUUUAAUGACUGAUAAGAGGAAAAUUGCCAAGACCAACAAUCACGGCUGGUAUUGACAGGGAUCCGGAUUAGACAAGGAUUUAGAUAAGACAGGGAUCCAGAUUAGAUGGGCAAGUUUAGCAAGGUUAUACUGUACAUAAAACUUGAGUAAAAAUUUGAACUGGAGGAGGGGGUAGGUUUUGUGGAUAAGGCGUGGUUACAGCAGGCAUUAGGUUUUGAGGAAUGAUUAGAGCUAUAGGUUUCUUUGGUGAUGCUGUGAUAGAAGAGAGUAGAUUUUGUGGAGAAUGCUGUGAGGAUUUGAGGAAAUUUGUAGAAGUUGUGAUCAGCCAGUGAUCACAACUUCUAACACCUGAUUUUUAGUAUUCAUCACUGAGCAAUCAGAUGUGCGGACAACAUACAAUCUAGGGAAUAAACAAGACAGAUUUCUGAAUUUAAUUUCGAAAGACCUUGCAAGAUAAACAUGUUUAUAAAAUGUUUUGCUGCAUAGUAUUAACUUUGAUGUACGUUGACAAAGUUGUUUGUAAAUUGUGUUUCUGUAAUUACAAAGAAGUUUUAUAAAUUAUUGAAGUAUAUUAUAAUCUUUAACUUCUGGUGAAGGAAUUUCAUCCAACAUAUAUUUUACUUUUGAAAUAUAUCCCUUACAUUGAGUAGGAUGCCUUUUAAUUACCUUACACCUAGUACUAACCCCUUCAAUAUUAAGUCUUACAAUAUUAUAUUUUAAUCCUUAGGGAGAAUGGCAUCGGAAACAUAAUAAACAAUGUCGUAUUUGUAACAAAAUUACAGAUCUUCAGAUGCUCACUACAUUUAAAAUCAGUAGAAUACACAUCUAGGGUUUCUGAUAAAGUAAAAAAAGAACUAUUAUGAAAUGGAAAUUUCUGCUAAAGUUGUCUUCUCAUUAUUUUGAAAUGUACAAUUUAUCUUAAGUUGACACUGAAAUAGUUACUAUGGAGAUAUUAUUUGUGCCCUUUUAUGAACAACGCAUGUGUCUGUGAGAGUGUCCACAAUGAAAUGUGAUUGGUAUGCUGUAUUGUGUUAAGUGAAGUACUGACAGGAACUUGCCACUAAACAUACUGAAAAAUAUUAGAAUCCAAUAUAUUUUUUCAUUUGGAGUGUUGGUCCCUUUCGGUAUUAAAUGUAUAUAUAAAUGGUUAUUGUCAAGCCGAAAAAGCAAAAUUUUAACUUGUUAGAACAGCAGAUUUUUAGAUGAAGCUGAAAACCUCAGCAUGAGCUCAAAAUAAUAUUGAUUAUACAGAGUCUGUCUGUUUGACAGGGUCGAUACCAAAAUAUUUCAUGGCUACUUUAACAAGCAGUCACAUAAAAAAAUAGUCUGGUGUUACAAAUCGUUGUACAUAGCACAAGAGGCAAAGAAUAUUUUUGCUAUAUUAAUUAGAGAUAAUAAUGUUAUAUAAUAUAUAUCUAUAUAUAAUGCCUUUAUACUGGUAACUAUGGUACAUUGAUUUGAUAUUAGUAUGUUUUCAUAGUUUGUAAAUCCCUUGUGGUUUGGUGAUUUACAGAGUGAAGGGAGGGACAAUGUGAUUUAGUUACCCCAAAUAAUACAUUUCAUCAAAUAUUUCUUCGCCUUUCCUUACAUAUUUAUAACCAGGGAAUCUGGUGCUAUGUAUAUCUCCUGAAAUCAAUUAUUUUAUUCAUUUUACAAGGUUUUAAAAUCAUUUUCGAAUUUGGUAAAUUAAAUUUUAUUGCUGCAUUUUUAUUUUAUAUAUUUUUUCCAAUUUUGGCGACAUGAUAAAGGAGUUCAGUUGUUUGUCACCAUGGUACCAUUUUCCCAGUUAUCUCCCCUUGUUUUGUGCGUUUUUGAUUCCUUUGACAGUUUUUUUUACUAUAUUCACUAUAUUAUCUGUACCACUGUAUAUCCCUGGCCAGGUCUUCUAGCUCUUACCUCCCUUUGUAUGUUUAGAUAUUUCCCCCAUGUUUGUUGUCAUUAAAAUGUCAGUUUUAUAAGGUUAUGUUUCAUUGGUUUGUAGCCGUUCAUUCAGUGUGCAGUGUUGAUACUAUGUUGUCCUCUGCAUGUUGAUUGGGUUCUUUUUGUCUGGGAAACCAUUGUUUGUAUUCUAAGAACACUAUAUUACUGAAAUAUCUCUUAUAUAUAUAUAUAUAUACCUGUGUUGUGUUAAAGAUGUUACAUCGCCGACAGAAUACACUGCUUUUCCCAAAAAUGCAUGAAAUGGCACCUUCAGUAUAGAAAUAUGAUGUAUAUCAAACUAACAUGAACAAACGAAAAACAAUAAUAACUCUCCUAAUAAUGAAUGUUCAUAAUGUAAGACUGCUAUAUAAAAGAUAGAGUCGGAACACAAUAGAAUUUCUCCGGGAUGCAAUAAUUAUUUAUCCACUUAAAGUUUAGAAGAUUAAAUGAGAAACUCCAAUCUGUAAAGGCCGUUAUUAGAAUAACUUCUGGUUUUGUAUAAAAAUAUACACAACAGCCUAUUCUUGUUUCUAAUCAAUCAUAAGUGCUCUUUGUCAGAGAUGUAGCAUGUUUAACUCUGAAGUAUGCUGAUACAUAAAACAUACGAACAAGGGCAUUUAAUACUUAAUCAGUGCUCAAAUUACCUGUACUUUAUUAUGAUGUCACAACCUUUAGCCCAAUAAUAAGAUAGAAGUCUCCUGUAUAGAUCUAUGGAUGUUAAUCCAAAAUUAAUAUUAAUUAUGUAAAGUUUCCUGUAUAGAUCUAGAUCUAUGGAUAUCAACCCAAUAUUAGUUAUGUAAAGUUUAAUGUAUAGAUCUAUGGAUAUAAAUCCAAUAUUGAUAUUAAUUAUGUAAACAGACCCAAUCAAUUAAGGAUGUGAAUAAUAAUAUGGACAUUUUUAUAUACCGGUAAGUUUUCAUUUUAUCGUUAGAUUUAUGAUUUCAGUCUUGAAAUUUCUCAUUUAAGUCACUGGCAAACUGGAGAAAAUAAAAAUAAAAAAGGUACAUGAUGAAUUUCAUCAAUCUGAUGUGAAUGGAAAUUAAUAAUGAUUUUCACAGAACCAAGAUUUGUUGUGAAUAUUCCUGAGAAGGAUAUGGUUUCUCUGGCUGAUACAUGAAAACUAAAAUGUUAAUAUUCUGACAGUGUAAGUCACACCGGUAGUUGAGAUAUUAUGAUAUUGUAGCUACAGAACCUUAGAACUAAUACAUCUAUGGCUAAUGUUAUCUAAUGUCGUGUCAUAGGACGUUUUCUGUAUCGGUAGUUAUAAUACCAUGAUUAAUUUUGUGAUCAUUCUUUUGACUUAUUACAGGGGAGUUAUUUGAUAAAGCUUUAUUAAAAACACGAGGCCCUAAGGCAAGUACCAGGUAGUCAGAUAUUCUCUGUAAAAAUCAAUCCCAGAUAUUCUACACAAUCCAAAUAUUAUUUCAAAAUUUGGCCAUUGAUUUCUAAAUUUGAAAUCAGUCAUAACGGACGUCACAUUCUCUGUGCUACUUGAGUGUACUUUCAUGGGAAUAUCAACAAUGGCACCCUCAUAUUGAGAAUAUCAACCAUGGCACCCUCAUAUUGAGAAUAUCAACCAUGGCACCCUCAUAUUGAGAAUAUCAAUCAGGGCCCACUUGUUCAAAAGGUGUUUAGGCUAAUCUCAGUAGAACAACAAUUGUAAAAUCCUGAUAAAAUCAUUUCUAGUAAAACCAACUUGACAGUUUUAUGUAAUUGCAUGUAUAGUAUUUGUCAAUCUUUUCCUACCUGCCUAUUUUACGGAAUACACCUACUCCGGUGUUGAAGUAAAUGAGAAAUGAGAUUUCAUUUUCAAGUGAUUAAGUUUGUCACCUUUUGAACAACUGGGCUCUGAUUGAAGCCUCAAUAUGAUAUAAUCGUCAUGGAGUUGACCUGAAUACAGUUUCAUUGUCCAGGUGUUGGCCUCAAUACAAUGUAAUUGUACCGGUAGUAGCCUCAAUAUGAUGUCGUCCUUGGGAUGGCGUUGAUAAGAUGCCUUUCUAGUGGAGGCCUCAAUACGAUGACCUCAGAUAACCCCAAUAUGAUGUCAUUGUCCAGGUGUUGGCCUCAAUACAAUGUAAUUCUACCGGUAGUAGCCUCAAUAUGAUGUCAUUGUCCAGGUGUUGGCCUCAAUACAAUGUAAUUCUACCGGUAGUAGCCUCAAUAUGAUGCCCUCUACCUAGCUGGUGGCAGCCUCAUUAUGAUGUCAUCCUUGGGAUGGCAUCGAUAAGGUGCCCUCCUGGUGGAGGUCUCAAUACGAUGACCUCAGAUAACCCCAAUAUGAUGUCAUUCUCCAGGUGGUGGCAUCAAUAUGAUGCCCAAUUCCUGUUGGUGGCUGCGGAUGGGGACCUCCUUAUAUAUUUCCUAAUGGAGUGAGUUAUAUGGCCAAGUGCACAUCCAGGAGAGGUCAAGGUCAAGGUCAAGGUAGUAUCCAAUAGAACUGACAACUGUUGGAAAGCCUAAAGGGGAGGAGAAAAUUAUACUCCUAAUUCUUACAUUGAGACAGAUUCUUUUAAUUUCAGGAGAUGUGAAGAAAUAUUUUUUGAAAUCAAAGAAUUAAUUUGAAAUGUAUAAUAUAUACCUGGACAGUACUUACGUGUACCGUAUUAUAACCUGUACUAUAUGUCAGUAACUUUCUAUGUCACUAUUGUCCAAUUCUGAAGAUUGUAAUAAUGAUGAAAUUUGUUUUAUAGCUAUUUUUUACCAUCAUGGGAAAAUCUACCAAUUGAUAGUCUCAUUAUUGUAUAGAGUUGUUCAUCCAUACUUUGUAGAUAAAGACUAUUUUGUAAUACUGCACAUUGCUUCAUCUAGAAUAAACCAAUUAUCUUCAGUCA